CAGGGCUGUUACCCUCACUUCAUCAGAUGCUUGAUUUCAUAGGUUUUCCACACUAUUCUAAAAAAAGGUUAUAUAUAGGGGCCCAUUCCCACCUUUUUCUGCAUCGAUAACUGCAGAGAUUUAUUCUUAUUCAGUCCGCGAUUUAUCAAUUCUAUUAUUUAUUUGAUUUUGCUUCUUGUAUACAUAUCAGUGAACUAGAAGCUAAUUUCUUUACGACAUAUUGACUUUGCAUUUAUUUUUGAUAUAAUAGACUAACUAAGCUAUCUUUUAUUUUAUAUUUUUUGUUUAUUUUCAAUUUAACGUGAAUUCGUGCAUUAUGGAUCAUUUCAAGGAUCAAGCUGUUAAGGCCUACAACUUCGCCAAGCACGAAGUUUCCUCUCGUAUUGCUGAAAAAACCCACCCUGACGUUGGACAACCUUUCACUUGUGCUAUUUUCGGUUGCGGUGGUAUUAACUUUGGCUCAUCUGAAGGUCCAUGGAACAAUUCUGAAAAGCUCGAAUUGGUUCUUGGCCACCGUCUUAAGGUGAUUGCUCUUCUUUCUCCUCACAAGUCCUCUCACGAACGUGUCUUGAAGCAAAAGGCCCAGACUCCUUACGCUUCCUGCUACAACACUGUUCAAGAAUUCUACUCUGCUGACGAGUAUUUGAAUUACUUGACUGAGCAUCCCGGUGAACUCCCUCAUGCUUUCAUCAUUGGAAUUCCUCCCGAAAACCAUGGUUCCACCGCCCCUGGUGCUGAUAUGGAACUUGCCCUUCUCAGAAAGUUCCCUAAUGCCGCUCUUUUCAUCGAGAAGCCUAUUUCUGCCGCCCCGGUUGAAGAUGCCUUUGCCGUUGCUAAACAAAUUCCUAAGGAGUCUAUCAUCUCUGUGGGUUAUAUGCUCCGCUACUUGAGGGUAGUUCAAAAGGCCAAGGAAAUUAUUCGGGAGAAGAACUUAAAGGUCGUCAGCACCAUUGCCAAAUACAACUCUGCCUACAUUCACAACUCCAAGGUCUUCUGGUGGACUAUGUCUCAAUCUGGAGGCCCUGUCGUUGAACAAGGUACUCACUUCUGCGAUUUGUCUCGCUUCUUCGGUGGUGAUGUCGAUACUAGCAGCGUGCGUGUUCAACGCGUCAACUGGGAUGACGAGUGUGGUCAAUUGUCUGCUAUGCCUGUUGACGAAGAGAAGGAUAUUCCCCCUCAUGAACGUAUUCCUCGCUUCACUGCAGCUGUUUGGAAGUACAAGAAUGGUGCCGUUGGUUCUUUCACCCACAACAUUACACUCCAAGGUACUAAGUAUGAUACUUGCAUUGAAGUUCAAGCUGAUGGCUAUUACCUUCGCAUUGUUGAUCUUUACGGUGAUCCCGUUCUCUACGUUCGUUCCCCUGAAUCUGACAGCGAACAAAAGUACCACUUCCCUGGUGAUGAUCCUUACCAUUCUGAAUUCAAGGCUUUCUUGGAAGCUGCCGAGGGUAAAGGACCCAAGUCUGCCAUCCAAUCUGACUUUUUGGAUGCAGUCAAGUCCUAUGAACUUACCAAGGUCAUUACCGCUACCAAGUAAAAAUAAAAUUAACAUCUGCAAAACCAUGAUGGAAUGUAUGGUAUGAUGUUUAAGGUUCUAAAUAUAAUGAUGAUAACGUUUUACGAGAAAUGGAACCAUUUCGCAAUAUAUGUAUGAUAUAUAGAAAAUAAAAUCAAGGAGGCUCUGUCGCUCGUUUUUGUUUUAGACAAACAAUUCGUAAUAGCAGUAGCGCUAAUAGCAAGCAGAUUGGAUAGUCUUGAGUUUGAGUAGUUACAAGAAUAAAGCCAUUUCAACGGUGAGCGUAGGAUGGAAUGUCGGUACGUAGGAUUACAUGACGGAGGAUGGCUUUCUUAUGAGAAGGAGAGGAUCUAGAGAGUUUCACCGGACCAUGUUGCCAUUCAUUUCAUUUCAUUUUAAUUGAAUUCAAAUGAAACAAUUUUCUUUUUGAAUUUCGUCGCUAUUCAUUUUAGUAAAUCACUAUUUGUCAUUGUAGUAUUACUCUUAAUAUAAUGAAUGUUACUUCUAGCUGAAAAGAAAACCAAGGGCAUUAAUUCACAGGGAGAGAGACUUUUAAUUUUGGAGAUGUUUUAUUGUUUUCAAUUCGUGAACUAAAGAGACGCACCAUGAGCAUCAACGUACUUUGAGAUCAUCUACUACGACACCCAAGACGCUCUUCACUUUUCCUAUGCACAAGAAAAUGCAUAGUAUGGUUUGUUUAAAAACUUUCCAUAAAGCAGGAUUCUUACAGAAAGAUAGCGACCACAUUUAAUCACUUCGUUAAACGAAUACCAAA